CCCAGGACAGUCCGUGAGAACAUCCGGUCGGCCAAGGGCGUCAUGCAAGGCUCCCGCCCGUACCCGUUCUGGCUCGAGCCAUCGGGGCCCAAUCCAUAACAUCUCACAAGAUGACAUGGCGCUUGACUGCCUUGAUCGUCACACUGUGCCCGGGGAUUGUAUCACGGGCGCUGGAGCUUCGUAAAGUUGAUUUCCGACGACGGGGUUUGCCGACCAAGGCAGCGGAGGAGUCUCAGGAUUCUAACGGCUCGCUGAUUGCGCUGACGUCCCGUGAGUCGGCUUGCGGCCGUCGCGGCAGACGUUCCAGACGCGUGGCAUGGGGCGAGUGUUCUAUUUGCAAUCUGGCACCCUUCGAUAGGCCGACGCUGUAUGCGAAGGAGAGGGCAGAUGGCUGUGGCGCGCGACUUCAGGAAAUUAUCUCUUGGGCAGGGGUGGCUGCACGGAGUGGGCUCAACUUCGGCGGCGUCGUCACGAAUGGCAUAUGCCAGGAGUCCCACGGUGCUGACAUCUUCCGUGCCGUGAGCGCCGUCUUGGGGCUGCAGUCCCCGACCGACUUGUUCAUAGAGUUCCCUCCGGAGUUCGACCGCGAGUACAAGGGAGUCAACGAUUUCCACAAAAAGUUCGCCAACGGCGACAAGAAGUUGAGAGAGUACGUUCCAACGGGCGAUGUCCUUGUCCGAGACAACUGCCUGGCAUGCGAGCUCGACAAUCGCAACCUCUCGGAGUUCUUGUCUCCGAAGCUGUUGUUUUUCCUUCGGUACGAGUCCAAACUCGGCGGGCUUUACAAAAACAUGACCAUCCAGGGUCGACGCGAGCAUCGGCCAGUGGUUGCUGUACACGUACGUCGAGGAGAUGUGCGGCCCGGCACACCGUUUAGUUUAUUCACGAAUGAGCACGACUUUCAAAGACUGUCGCCAGAUGAUUGGUAUUUCGAAGUGGUGGCUAGGAUUUUGAAAGUGCUCCCCAAUGCAGACGUACAUGUGUUCAGUUCGACGGAGAAUAAAUAUAAUUCAAGCGAUUUUGAUGGCUUCCGGCAGCGAAAUAUGACCGUGCAUUUGGAUGGGGAUAUUCUUGAUGCUUGGGCUGUUAUGGCGCAUGCGAAUGUCCUCGUGAUGGCGAAAAGCGCGUUUUCACAUGUGCCAGCUUACCUUAACACGAAUUGCAUCCUUUUUCAGCCCUGGUGGCACAAGCCACUUCCUGGAUGGAUCAUUGCUCGAGACGCUAAUGGGACGGCCAGUGAUGAUUCGAGCCGCGGUGAGCCUUUUUUUGAUAUAUCGGAACUGAGGAACUGUCUGGGUCGAGCGGAUCGGCUCAGUCAGACGUGAGCAUGCUGCAGUUUCGUAGACAUCAGCAUCAAGGAACAUUCCGAUGCAGUGAGUAUCUUCGAUGUGAUUAAACUUGCUCUUUACACCCGGCGGGCAGUUGGUUCAGAAACAGAUUUCCCAGGAGGCCCCGACAAGGUGUCUGGAGCGUCCAGAGAUGGCCAAAGACGGUCCCAAGACUGGCCAAGAGGCCCAAAAGGCCACAAGGCCCACAGUGCCCCAAGAGGGCCUUAGUAUAGCUUCAAGACGGCCUCACGAGGACGAAGAGUAG